GGUUCCUGAAGCGGACACGGAUAUGGCACAAGCGGCGGGGUUGCUUUACCAAACGGCUUAUUUCGUGCUUUGGUGACAUUAUUGUGCUGUUGAAGCCAAAGCUCGGUGGAAUAGUUGCCGAAUUCCCUCGGAUCGCGCGCCCGUCACGUGCCAGGCUGUGUGGGUGGGCUGGAGUGAAGGUUUGGAGGUGCAGGCUGCCGUGCCCAUUCCUCGGCCCUGCAUGGCUGCGAUGGCGCCCGCUUUGACUGACGCCCCAGCCGAAGCCCGCCACAUCCGCUUCAAACUUGCCUCUCCCUCAUCCACCCUGUCCCCCGACAGCACAGAGAACAACAGCAACGCCAGCAACAUCCUCAUCUCCGACUCGGUCUCGGACUCUGCCGGUAGCCACACCAACGGCAAGUGUCACAUCAGCGCAGACGACGGACAGAGCUUCGCACUUUACCACAGUGUCAAGGGUCUUGAGCAGGAACCACUGUCUAAUGCCCCAUCUCUGGGCAAGCUGGCACCGUACUUGUGCUCUGAUGCCAAACCACUGCCCUCGUCCACCAAAGUCAAGGAGUCGCUGAAGCUGCAAAGUGUCCUCAUCAAGCAGUCGGUGCUGAAGAGCCACGGCCUGCUGAGUGGCUCCAUAUUCCCAAGCGCUGCUGCAGGCGGUGACUUUCUGCUGCGCAAGCGGCACACACUUGAGCUAACCGCAGGUCAGUUGAAGAGCCUCGUCAACGGUGGAAGUACCAUGGUGCCUGUAAACGGACUCUCCAAGAAAGUGGCUGUACCUAGUGCGGCCGUGGCUGAGAAAGGCAGCGUGGCCACAGUGAAUGGAGACAGUAACCAGCCUUCCACCAAUGAGGAAGCGUUGUUAUCCGUGUCCUCCAACUCUGUUGGUACCUUUGCAAACUCUGGACAGAACGGAGACAUGAAGCCACAACAGAAUUUGACACCGAGUGUUCAAGGCUUGUCAUCACAUAAGGAGCCCACGGCUUUGUUUGAAAGUACAGAGGUUAAAGCAGAACCAGAGAGUCCUGUUGUGGAAACAAACAGUAACAAUAUCGUUGAAUGUCCCUUGUCCCUAAACUCUUCUCCAGUCAAUGAUGACCUAUCGCUUUCGACUCCCAACAUGGAGGCUCUGCUCCAGGAUCGGGCUCAGCAGAGCCAACACAGGCAAGUGGACAUCGAAGGCCGCCUGCUACGUCUUCGCAAGCGGCUGCAGGUGGUGCAGGCCAAACAGGUGCAACGCCAUUUCAAACAGCAACUCUCUGGAUUUCUGGACCACACUUUGACCCCGACAUCUAGCUGUAGGGCGGACCAAGGUGCGUGGAGAGGCACUCGCGCUUCCAUGGACACCCACGCACAUAAUCUGAGUCGGUUUUUGAAGGGUGGUAGGGUGGCUUCGGAACUGGAGCAACUGCAUCUGAGCGGCACCACGUAUUUGCGAGCGACGGAGGCUCAAUUUGACUCGGACGCCACUGAGAGUAGCUCUGGAGGAGAGAGUGACAUCGAGGAGGAGGAGCUGGCCAGGGCGGAUCUUGAGCAGCGUCAUAUUAAACUAUGGAGGAGAGCAGAAGGGCGGUUUGCCAGGGAAAGAGCCACAAUCAUCAGUCACUGGACUUGGCUGCAGGCUCAGAUUUCAGACCUGGAGUACCGUAUCCGACAGCAGGUCGACAUCUCCCGCCAGCUCCGCUCCAGCAAGGGUCCUGUGGAGCUGGGAGACUCCGCCCAUUCUUGCCAGAAAACCGUAAAUAUGACGGAGACUAAAGAAAAUGUCCCAACCUCAAAAACAUUCCAGAAUUUCACAGAAUCCCAGUCUCGCUUGGCGGACACAUCUGAGAUUGACAUCUCCAUUAGUAGUGUGGCAGAAGUGUCUGACACAUGCUCGUCAAGUCCAGACAGCAGCUGUACAUCUGCACGUACACGGCCACUGUUGACCUGCAGGAGACGACGUCUUAUCCACCCAAACACUGUCCACAAUCUCAACGGCAAGUUUCAGAGAGUGUCUUUCUCACCUCCAUGUGUGUGUGAGGUCAACGGCUCGUGUGUCAUGUGUGGCGGUGCUCCUCCCCUCUCCAAACCAGACUUACCGUUUAAUCGCCCUCUGCUGGAGAGAGUCGCACAUCAAGACCGCAGCAUCCACCCGGUUCUUUCCAUGCAAUCAGAUGUGGCUCUCAGCUUACAGUUGAAGAAGGUCUUGAGAUCUCAUUGGCAGACUCGUCCGUUUGACAGGAUCAAACCGCUGAAGAAGACCUCUCUCAAAAACAAGCUCUCCAUCACUCCAUCCUCCUCCUCCCUCUCCAAACACAAAUUCAGACUGUCACACUCGCAUGCGGCUGCAGUCCGGUUGGCCCGUCACAAGAGCAGGUCACAGAGGCUGCACAGGCUACAGGUGGACAACAUCUCAUGUGUCCCAAAGCUGGACACACUCACACCCUGCAGGCCGGAUCGUGUCCUGGUCCGGAGUCACAGCAGGAAGAGGGUCAGAGAGCAUUCACUGGACAGAGCAGACUCACCAAAAGUGGUGAUGGAUGCAUGUCCAAGUCCCUGUGCGUCUCUGUCCAGCCUUCACUCCUCCAACACCAGUCCAUUGACCAGACAGCUCUCCCUCCCGGUCGAGAGCAGCACUCCUCUGGGAAACAGCAUGCCCAUUCGGAGGAGAAGAGGCGAGAGUCCGUUUGAUAUCAACAACAUCGUCAUUCCAAUGUCAGCGGCCGCCACCACCCGAGUGGAGAAGCUUCAGUACAAGGAGAUUCUCACUCCCAGAUGGAGGGAAGUGGACGUUUUAGCCAAACCACUGGCAGAGGAAGACAAUAACAUUCCGGUGGAGGACCUUUCAGAUGGCGCGUUCACUAAACUCCACCAGCUGUUAGAGGAUCAGGAGCGCUCUCGCUGGAGAUGGACCGCUCUCGCACCUGCCAAGAGGAGAGGCAGCAGGUCCUAUAAAUCCCUGGACGGGCGAACGACACCAUCGAUAGUGGGAACGAACCCUUCGACGCCUCAGCCCUCAUCCCCAGACACAAGUCACUUUCACUUCCUGCAGGACUACGGGCCUGUGCCGUCACCCCUGAGCCCACCCAGCCCCGACACACCGUGCUCCCGUGACGCACACACACCUCACACCAGACUGCUGUACAGCGAAGACACGUGCGGCUCCACUUCAGACUGCACCUUUGAGGAGACGACGGUCCAGCCCUGGGAACCCAGGAGUUUUCCUUUACCUGAGGACCCGAUAGUGGAGCCCGAGACAGACAAGAGUCAACCGAGCUUUUCUACAUGCCCCAGAGCCGACGCCCACUGCAGGGCGGAGUCAGAGAGCGACACUUCCUCGCCGUGAUGAUGAACUGAUUAACCACCUUAAAACCACACCUCCUAUGGCAUUAAUUGAGAAGAAAACUCAUACUAAUCAAAACAAAACAAAUAAAAAAAAUCUGUCAGGACUUCUGCUGUUUGAUAUUCAAACAUCACCAAAUUAUUUUCACAGUUUUUAGUGAAUAUUACCGAACAUAGAAAGCUAAACCUGUCUUCUAAAACUCUGAUGUAUGAAAGUUGUUUCCAUAAAUGUUUUCAUAGUCAGCUAAAUAUAUCACUGGGACUUAGUGUGGUAUUCUAACCUGUCAGGUGAACACUAUGUAGUGCACUGUGUAGCAGACUAAAGAGGGCUUGACCAAAGGGUGCCUCUCUGCUGACUUGUAUAUGUAUGCUUGUGUUGUGAAGUGACAAAAAUACUUGUCUGCGUUAUUCUCGGUCAUGUACCAAGCAGAGAUCUCCUCAGUUAAAAAGCACUUCACAGGGCGUCAAUAUCUUGCUCUCUUUCUCGACCCUCCCUUUUUCUGUCUUUUUAAUAAUUUUCCAGCAGCGUAUGGAGUGUGGCUAUGCUGAAGUUCAUGGCAUUAUGUAUCUCAAUGUUAAUGGAGAAAUUCCAAGCCUUUUAGUGCACAUUAGUUGAGCUCUCACACUUCAGCCCUCGUGUGUUCCCGGCUCCUUCUACAUCAUCUGUUGAGAUUGUACUUUGUAUUCCUUCUGAAAGGAGCCAGAUGUUUCACACACACCUGCUCUUCUCAGGUUAUGCAGUUUUAUUGAACCUCAUGUUAAUAAGGCAUUUGUUUUUCUUUCACUUUGUCGGUGUGACCCCAUAUUAGUGUUCUUAUUCCACAUUGUCGCCCCUUUGAGAAUCUACUUGCUAUGCAACUCAACAUUAUUGUUGUGGCCCUGUCCUUUUUCUGUUUCAUACAAUCACAGUUGUCUUUUUUUGUGUGUGUGUGUGUCUUUCUCUUCAUAGCUGUUUGAGACAGGUUUCAUUGUAAUUCAGACUGUUUCAAAUGUUAAAUCAUUUGCAGAAAAAAAAGAAAAUGAAAAACACUCUUUUGUAAAUAGUAUCAUUAAAACAAAUCAACCUCCA